AUGAGCCGACCUCGCUUCUUCAAUGCUCCCCGAAAGGGCGAGAACUUUGAGUUGCGUGCCGACCUCAACUCCGAGUAUCGCGAUCGCAGAAAAGAUGCCAUCAAGCGUGUCAUCGCCAACAUGACCGUAGGCAAGGAUGUCAGUGGUCUCUUUCCCGAUGUGCUCAAAAACAUGCAGACCGAGGAUCUCGAACAGAAGAAGCUCGUCUAUCUCUACCUGAUGAACUAUGCCAAGACACAGCCAGAGCUCGUUAUUCUCGCCGUCAACACCUUUGUCAAGGACUCGGAAGACCCAAAUCCGCUCAUUCGAGCUCUCGCGAUCCGUACCAUGGGCUGCUUGCGCGCAGAAAAGAUCAUCGACUAUCUCUCGGACCCCCUCGAAAAGUCGUUGCGCGACGAAAACCCAUACGUGCGCAAGACCGCCGCCAUCUGCGUCGCCAAGCUCUACGACCUCAAGCCCGAGCUCGCAUUGGAUCGAGGCUUCGUGGGCAUGCUCAAGGACAUGGUCGGCGACAGCAAUCCAAUGGUCGUGGCAAACGCCGUCACCGCACUCACAGACAUUCACCAGACCGCGCUCGAGACCGACCCAUCAGGUCAGUCGGCCGUCUUUGUCAUCGACUCGGAGGUGCUCACCAAGCUGCUCAUCGCGCUCAACGAAUGCACCGAAUGGGGUCGCAUCGCCAUCCUCAACUCGCUCGCCCGCUAUCGAGCUCGAGACGAAAAGCAAGCAGAACACAUCUGCGAGCGUGUCAUGCCUCAGUUCCAACACGCAAACGGCAGCGUCGUCCUCGGCGCCGUCAAGGUCAUCCUCAUCCACAUGACCAAAGUGCGCAACAACGACGAACUCAUCAAGCAGCUCGUACGGAAGAUGGCGCCUCCCUUGGUCACUCUCAUCUCGUCAGCUCCCGAAGUGCAAUGGGUCGCUCUACGCAACAUCAACCUUGUCCUCCAAAAGCGACCGGACAUCUUGCAGAACGAGCUCCGCGUCUUCUUUUGCAAGUACAACGACCCAUCCUACGUCAAGCUCGAGAAGGUCGAGAUCAUGAUCAAGCUCGCCAACGAGCGCAACGUCGACAUGCUCCUUUCCGAGCUCAAAGAGUACGCUUCCGAGGUGGAUGUCGACUUCGUGCGAAGGGCGAUUCGCGCCAUCGGCCAGUGCGCCAUCAAGAUCGACGCUGCUGCAGAGAGGUGUGUCCACGUACUGCUUGACCUCAUCGCCACCAAGGUGAGCUAUGUCGUGCAAGAAGCCGUCGUGGUCAUCAAGGACAUCUUCCGAAAGUACCCGCACAACUACGAAGGAAUCAUCCCGACGCUGUGUUCGAACCUCGAAGAGCUCGACGAACCCGAGGCUAAAGGUUCGCUCAUCUGGAUCCUCGGCGAGUACGCAGACAAGAUCUCCAACGCCGAAGACUUGCUUGCGCAUUUCCUCGACUCGUUCACCGAAGAGCCGUACCAGGUGCAGUUCCAGACGCUCACCGCCAUCGUCAAAGCCUUCCUCAAGAAGCCGGACAGCAGUCUAGCGCAGCAGAUCGUACAGCAGGUCUUGGAGAAGGCGACCAAGGAGUGCGACUCGCCAGAUCUGCGCGAUCGCGCAUUCAUCUACUGGCGAUUGCUCUCCUCCUCCGACUCGGCUGCAGGGAGAAACGUCAUCUUGGCUUCACGACCGCCCAUUUCGAUUCCUUUGACCACAGUGCCGCCAGCGGUGCUGGAUGAGCUUGUGUCGGAGCUGUCGAGUCUUGCAAGUGCGUACCACAAGCCGGCGGCGACGUUCAUUGGUAAGGCGAGGAUUGGAGCUGAUGGCGUCAAGGGACAGGUUGGCGAAGCGGAGGACGAUAUCACUAGGGAAAAGGCGUUGGCGACGGUGGUUCAGGGACAGAAGUCGGAGAAUCUGUUGGACUUUGGUGAUGACGAUGGCGAUGUUCCCGCGAGCAACGCAUCUAGUGGUGCCGGAUUGGGAGCGCUAGCUGGAUUGGAUGAUUUGAUGAUGGGCACGAGCAUUUCGACGCCGACCAUGUCGACGAAUGGAAGCGGAGGAGCGGGUGUCGGUGGUGUAGCGUCGGCGGCAGGAGGUGCCAGUGGUGGAGGUCUGAACGAUCUGUUGGGAUUGUUCGAUGCGGCGCCGGGUGCGGAGGAGCCUGGUGCGCAGAGCGGAGUGCAGGCGUUGCAGGCGUUGAAAGCUACACCUGCGAACAACAAUGCGUUCGGCUCGCCCAUCACGCCUUCGCCCGCGAGUCCAGCGAUCACAUCGGCAAGGCCGACGGCGGCUUCCGGUCAGGACGACUUGCUUGGGCUGUUCUGA